AUGAAGACUCGAGGCCGUGGUUCAUCUUCCAAGUCCGUGAAGUCUCAGCAGGAGACACUUCCUGAAUCUGUUCCCACUGCCACUCCUUCGGUCCCAGCAUCAAUUCCUGCUGUCUCUCCUACUCCAGGCCGUCGUUCUAAAACCACAGCAAGAAAGAAGGUUCUUGCUCUUUCGGGUCCUAUCAGUUCAUCUGUUCUUGGUGCUUCUAGCAAGGGAGUUACGUUCCCAAAUUUGGAUGCUGAGCAAAUUCCUGCCUCGGCGGUUUCACUCGCCUCUCCCGAAGAUCAAUUAAAAGUCAAACCGGCCUUAGCAACUAGUCAGUCCAAAUCAAUUUCUACUGAAGAUGUGUCUGCUUCAUCUGAUCAUAACUCUGAAUCCUCACUAUCUCCUGAUGUGUUGACACCCAAGGCAAAGGGCAAACGUAAGUCCAAAGGUGUUGGGUCGAAGAAAGGGAAAAAGGCCAAAGUGACUAAAUCUAAAGUUCCUCUUGAUAAUUUGGCUGAGGAGACUGACUCUGAAGAAGACCCAUCUGAAGCCUCUCCUGUUGCAUCGGACCCAAAAGGCACAACUCCAUUGGCAUUUCCUGAAUUGUCGUCCAAACUUGCUAAGCAAAAAGGUACUCCUGCCCGUACCUCAGGUUCUUUCAAAGCCCACUCUAUUACAUUCUGUUUUAAUGAUAAUGAGAAGAACAUGCAAUUCUAUGAUCAUCGCCAUUUUAUUAGUGAGCGAAAUUUCCUUUUUGCUCCUCAUCUUGUUUUUGGGGUAUUGCUUACUUUAGAAGAAAGAGACCAAUCUUCUUUCAUGUUCCAUAAAGUUUAUGUUAGGGGUCAUUGGUAUAAUUUUAGCCCGUCCGAAAUUGCUAAGGCUCUCAAUCUCGUCCCUGUGGAGAUUGAUGAUUCUCUUGAGUUUGCAAAGGAUCAAGUUUUGUCUGAACUGGUUGGUCAGGCUAUGGUGUGGGAACCAAGCACCUCUCUUCGUGUCACCGAUCUCACUCAUUUCUAUGGUGCUCUUUUCAAGUUUGCUAUGUUUAAUUGGAUGCCUACCACACAUUCCUCCACCAUCACUCAUGAUAUGGCCUUCCUGUUGUUCAAAAUUGGUACUGGAGUCGCCAUAGAUCUUGGAGCUGUUAUUUUUGACCAAAUCAUGUCUCUAAGUGGUGCCAAACAUGAUCAUGCUCCGUCCACAGCUCGCAAAUUCAAAGGAAUUAAUCUGGCCAGUCCUGCUUCUGGAAAUGUUGUGACUGACACUCCUGCUGUCCCGAUUGAUCUUGGUGCUGUCCAGACAGGAAUUACCAGUCUUUCUGUCCGGUUUUCUCUCAUGGAGGAGACUCAGCGCCAAAUUCUUGCUUCAUUGGCCUCUCUCAAUGCAUCCAGCUCUCCUGCCCCAUGA